GGGGGGGCUGGUAUGAUCUUGCUAUUUGGCACCACACGAUCAAAACACCUCAGAAAGAUCAGUCUUUCAACACCUCAGAUCUCCGUCGUUGCGCAGCCUGGCUCCUAGCGCGGGUGGCCAGGACGGCAUAUGCCUGAUGGACGCACAGGAGCUCGACGCCGAGCUCUCCGAGCCCUCCGCCUCGUCCGCUGGCGUGGCACCGGGCUCUUGGCGAACGAAAGGCGGCGGGAAGACCGAAGAAGAGGAGCUGAGCUCCGUGCCAUUUCCUCGGUUCCUCCGGUCUCGACCCGCCAGGGACGAGGACCGAGUUUCGGCGGAGCUCGUGAACCCUGGAAGCAUUUGGCAUCCAGAGCUUUGUGCGCGAGCAUGCAUUUACUUCCAUAGCGGUCGCUGCGACUAUGGUAGCUCAUGUCUUUUCUGCCAUCAUUAUCACGACAAGCGGGCCAUCCACCUGGACAAGCGUAACCGGCAGAUCCUCAAGGACUUGUCCGGCGAAGAACUACUGACCAUCGUUUUGCCAGAGGUCCGAAAGAAACUGGUGGAUUUGUCUGAACGGGAUCCUCGACUGUGGACAGCCGUAGAGCCUCUUCUGGAGGAAGGAUCCCGGCAACCGAGCAUGGCCGAUAGUCGCUUUCGAGCAGCCUUUCGUAGCAUGAUGGUCAGGCAGCAACUCCACGUGGUGUUGCAAAAGUUGCAAAAUGAUGGCAGCGCUGAAUGCCAACGGGUUAAGAAUCUGACCGCGGCAAUCGAGCGGGAGCGCUUGCAAUCAUCCAAGUCAAGCGGAGACCGGGGGCCUGUCCGUUAACCUGGGCCCAUCCUGUUUCGAAGUUCCCUCGGGCUCAGGACGGAAAAGAACAUCAAAGUCGUGGUGAACUGGUU